UACAAGAACGUCAACAAAUUAUUAUCCGGUCCAGCAACAGAAACCAUUAUCUAUGGUUUCGGAAAAUAAAUAUAAAUAACAACUGAGAUCACUGUAAUAAGAAAAUAUACCAAUAAUGAAUUUCUCAUGAAUAACUAUAAAAAUGGAAAGAUAUUGCGGUACAGCAGGACUACUACAGCUCAUCCUGGCACAUAGCAUAAUGUUUACAAGAGAAAUUGAGUUUGAAUCAGUCGGCAAAAGUCUACUGUUGAGCCAAGAGAGUGAGGGAGAAGUGGGAUGUGUGGUGUGGGAUGCUGCCAUCGUCCUCGCCAAGUGCCUGGAGCAUCACACACUUCUUCAUAACCAACAAACUACCAAUAUAAACCAUGUAGUACUUUCUGGCAGUCAUGUGGUGGAGUUAGGAGCUGGGACUGGCUGUGUAGGGCUUGCUGCUGCUCUACUUGGAGCAUCUCGGGUAACCAUUACUGAUCUGCCACAGUUUCUUCCCCUUAUGAACAAGAACAUCCUCCAAAAUCAAGAUAAAUUUGAGUGUGCAGUAGAAGCUAGAGAGCUAACGUGGGGAAACACAGAGCAAGGUGUUGAUCUCAGCACUCCAGACAUUAUUGUGGUUGCUGAUUGUAUUUACUAUCAAGAGUCAUUGGAGCCACUUGUAUCAACACUAGGGAGCCUCUGUGGCAGGAGCACCACCAUCAUCCUGAGCUACGAGGAGCGCACCACAGGAAAUAAACCUCAACUCCAGCAUAGUUUUUUUGAAUUAAUGGAUAAACACUUCAAGAGAGUCCAAAUUCCCUCAGAAGAACAACAUGAACUGUACAGAAGUAGUGAUAUACAUUUAUUUAAAUUCCAUUUAAGAUAAUAUAAUACAAGUUAGUCAAACAAUUGUUGCUUCCCACUAUAUGACAAAAUCUGCAGUAGAAUAUUUCAACAAAUUUCAGACAUUAUGAUAUAGUUACCAGCAAUUGAGAUAUGGAUAUGAUUGAUACUAUCUUGUUUUCAGUGUAGGAAGGUGUCCAAAAGAGGGUCUUUUUUAUCCCAUAUGGCAUUCAUGUUUUAAACCUUAUACUGUGGCUGUUGGAAAGUGGUUUACCACUGUGUGCGCAAUGAAUACACACACAAAAUUAAAAGCUUUUAAAACAUGUAAUAUUCUUAUGAAAUUGAAUAUGCGCAUACAGAAGAGUAAAAAAUGAAAAUACAAAUCAUUUACCAGUACUUCUGUUCUGUACUACUUACAUUUGUUCAGGAGUGUGACGGUCAAGUGGAUAUACUGCUUGCCUCUUGUUCCAUGGGUUGGUGGUUCGAUUCCUAGACAUUCCCAGUUCACCCAGCUGUAAAUGGGUACCUAAGUUUAGUACAUGGGGAAGUGAAUUCAGUUGAGUGCAGUACUGGUCAUGCUGCCCCCUUGUGUACAGUGUACUGUAUCCACACUGUCCCUAAUGGGCAGUCAUGCCUGAGGGACUUUCACUUUUCACAUUUGUUUAGCCAUUAUGGAGUGUCUAAGUGAACAUGUUGGGGCUGAGUUACUAUAGGGGAAAAGGGAGGAGCAGACUGUUACUAACAGCCAAUGAACAUGAUGAAAGAGGUACUUAAGGGCUCUAUUGAGGUGUGGGUAGCACGAGGAGGCCUACUGGGACACAUGACAUACAUUGUGCAGUUCUAAAAAGUGGCUGUUCUCCUAUGAUGGAAGUUGCAGUUAUACAGUAUAAGUGGCCUCAUAUGAAGGAUGUCACAGUUUAAGAGUUAAAUGCUGGCACUCUCAGGUGACUAACAACAGGGAAAACUAUACACAGUAUCUUCAGGAUGAAUGAAGUGUGAUGAAAGAGUAAUGCAGGCAGUUGUUAUAUCAGCUAGAUACAAACAGCUCAGUCACAAAGAUGCUUAAAUAUAUUACAGUACUGUACUGUACUUCUCUGUGUUAUCUCUCAAAGAAAAAUGAAAUGGUUGACAAGCUGCAAUUGCUCAGGUAAAAAUACAUGUACUGUAGUACCAAAUGUCACUUGUUUGUUACAAAGGAAUUCUGGGAAGUUCUUGGAACUGGCCCUUGAUGUUUUCCUUGUAAUUUUGUAUUUGAAGUUUCAAAUCUAUUUUCUUAUUGUUUACCAGCAGCAUAUUAACAACAUUUCCAAGUACAGUAAACGUAUUUUAAUUUAUUGAUCUUUCCUCACAGCAUUAAUAAUUCAGGCAUUUUGUUAAAGAAUUCCCUACUUUUGUUUGACAUUGAGUAAACAAGUCACUUCUUACUAACUUAAGAAUAUGAAGAUAUUGUAAGUUAGAAGAGCAAUGGAUGAUCAGGUACGGUACUCUGAAAAUUUACAUAGUAUUAAUAUUUUGACAAACGUGAGGAGUUAAGUUUUAUGUUUGAAUUUUAUUACAUGCAAAAUGUCAAGUAAAUGUACUGUAUUACCAGUACUGUCUGGCGAAAUUACUAUAUCCAUGAGAUGGUCUCGUGACUAUUGUAUAUGUGGUACAAAUACUGUACACUGAAACAUAAAGUAAACAAAAUUGGUACACACACAGACUUCUUAGCAUACACAAUCAUUCUUCCUACCUGUAUUCCAGAUGAAUGAUCAUGGGUUUGGUGUCCAAAUGGAGUGCAAGACUGGGUUCUCUGUUUGCACACUAACCCCUGUGUACUCAUUAAUGUGAUUACUGUACACUAUUGUGUGUGACUGCUGCUGGUAGAACAACCCUUCUGUAGACUAACUUCCUGUCAAGAGGGUGGAGUAACUCAUUUGUUGCUGAAUGCUAAGAAUAAGAUAAACUACCUAUUUUCACAAAGUACCUGAAGAUCACGGAUAGACAAACAGUGAAAAAAACAGUAAUAAAAGCAUACACUGUACUGUAGUAUGGGUUUCAGCAGAAAUUUGCUCUCAAGAAGAGCACUUAUUGCAAUAUUAUUUAGGAUACAGUGAAGUUGAGGAAAUUAAAAAAUUAGCAGGACAUGGAGGUUGCACUCUCUCAUUGAAUCUUUAGCAACCUAGAGUUUGAGUAAUUCUUGUUGGACAGUUUUCCUGACAGUAAGGAAAAAAUAAGAUCAGUGUAAUUAAUUUGAAUUGAUUUGUAUUAAUAUCUUGCCUUUAGAUAAAGAACAGUACACUGUUUGCUUACUUGUGUAUAAGGCCUUGUAUCAAUCAUCGAAGCCAUUUCUUGGUUGGACCCCUCUACAGUUUUGGAAGACAGUACAUGAUUUCCAACUGACCCUCUCCCUAGAUAGUUUGAGACAGAGCUUACUGUAGCUGGAAAUAUAUUGGAUGCAUUAAUACAAGGAAAACUAAGUACAGUACAUAAUUUUGUUAUUAUUUUUUUUAUUAAUUAAAUAUUAUUAAAUUAGGAGCUAUUGGAUAUGUAUACAGUACAGGUAUAUUUUUUUGUAUUAUCACAACAAAUGUAAGUGCAUAGCAAAUUGUGUUUAGCAUGCAAGACCUUUUUCUUUGGGAGGGGGGGGGGUUCUAUUUACUGUAGGGUAGAUCAGGGAAAUUUGAAUAUCUUUUAAUGAGGUGUCUGGUUCCCUUGAUUGAAUCAAUGUAAAAGUGAGAGAUGAAGAAACUGUAAAAUCAACAAUAUAAGAACACAGAG